AGAGAGACAGAGGAGAAAGUGAGAAACGGCGUUGAGAGGCAGCAGUGUGCAUGUUGCCAGAGGGAGAGAGAGGGGGAGAGAACGAGAGAGGCAGAGUGAUAGAAACACACACAGUGUGUGAGAGUGAGGACAGGCAGAGAUUGUGUGUAGAGCAAGUCGGAGAGAGAGAAAGAGGGAGUGCAAUAGAAAGAGAGAGGCUCAGAGAGAGAGAGAGUGAGAGAGAGAGAGGGCGAUCGCUGUUCUGCUCAGUUGUCACACCGAGCAGAGGGCUGCAUUGUGGAUGUAAACUUUAUCGUGGGUGGGAUCAGUGGCUUGCAGCAGUGGCUGUGCGGUGCAGCGUGCAGCAGGAUUACCAUGUGAGUCAGCUGAAGACCGAACACCAGGAUGCAGCACCUCAGGCAUGGGAGAAACUGGCCGUGGCUCGCCUGCAGAGGGAAGUCGCACGAAGCAAAAGCGAAGGAACAAUGCGACAAAAGCUGAUUCACGUGCUAGAGGAAGAGCGACGCCUGCGAUUGGACAGUGAGAAGCGGCUUCGGGAGGUGACGGACGAGUCGGAGCUGGGCCGAACGCAGAUGGUUUCGCUACAGCAGCACUUCUCCAGGAUGGAAGAGACAGUGAGGACGCUGCUGCAGAACCAGGGGGUGCUGGAGCAGACAGCCGUGGACACUGUGGACAUCAUGAAGGCCUACAAGGAUAAGCUCUCGGAGGAGGUGCAGAAGACACGUGACAGCCUGGAGCAGGACAGCAGCGGUAGCGGCCCACAGCUGUCUUCUGGAGACCCUUUGCUGGCAGACAUCAGCCGAGCGGAAGAGUUUCAGGACCAAACAAAGCUCCUUCUGGAGCGUCUGCGCACCCUAGAGGAGGAAAACUCUGCAUUGGCCAUGGAGAAUGAGAGCCAGAGGGAGCAGUAUGAGCACUGUCUGGAUGAGGUUGCCAAUCAAGUUGUGCAGGCACUACUCACCCAAAAGGAUCUAAGGGAGGAGUGUCUGAAGUUGCGGACCAGAGUGUUUGACCUGGAGCAACAAAACCGGACCAUGAGUGUCCUCUUCCAGCAGCGAGUCCGACCCGCAUCAGACAUGCUCCUGCAGAAACUCCACUCUCGGAUCAUGGAUUUGUCUGCCUCUGAUCUCCUCCUGGAGCCGGAGAGGAGCAAAAGCUUCCUGCUAUCCAGGAACACUGACUCUCCACCUCACGAUGUCCAACUGAACGGAAAGGUGGGACAUCCUGUGGCCAAGUGUCUGAGCCAGCUGAGUCUGACGGUGCAAGCGCCAGUCUAUCCACGCAGCAGCUGUAGCAGCAGUGAGCUGUCCCUGUCUAGCGCCUGCAGUGAAUACUCCAGUGGCUCUUAUACCUGGAACGACGGACGCUCCUGUGGGAAAAUGUCCUCUCUGACGUGGGAGAAGAGGCUGAGCCUGGGUUCCUCAGCCCCCGGGAACAUCUGCGCCCCCCUGGAGGAGCAGCUCCCCACGAGGAGGAAAGAGAGCCACAUCCUAGAAGGCCUGCGGAAGCUCCAGAGGAGAAAACCAAAAGGCUCCUCAUCCUCCUGGGUCUCCAAGUCAGGCGACAAGGACUGCAUGAACUCUAAUGAGGGUAUCUACUCUCUGGGGAUUAAGAGUGGGAGCAAGGGAAUCUCCAAGGCCACUUAUGUGGGAAGGACCACUGUCUCAGGGGUGGGGGGCAAAAGCUUUGUGUACGACUCUGAUGAUGCGGACGACGAGUCGCUACAUUCGGCGUACUGCAGACAAGACCGCGUCCCCAGUAAGGACGGAGGCUGGAUGUACUUCAGAAAGCUGUCGCACAGCGUCUCGGACAGUGUGUGUAGCUGGGACGGGUUGAAGGACAGUGGCAUAGUAGGGGAUAGUAACUGCAGCAUGGGUACGAAACACCCACCCGGCUAUAAUUCCAAGGAGCGGCCAGAAAAACUCAAAAGCUUCAUCAACAGUUUCCUCUCCGGGGGGCGGACCUCGGCUGUUCUAAAUCCCUCCCUGUUGCACUUUGACAUCAGCCCCACAGAGGCUGAAUUCCCCCUCCACCUCUCAGACACCGACCCUGAGGAUCUGCACUCUGAGGUCAGUGACCACCGGCUGCCUGUUAGCCGGACAGCUGAGCAACUGCAGAAGGACAUCAAGAGGCUCUCAAGAGAUGCUGACAAGCUACUUCCCGUACAGUGGUUGAGGAGGGAACCUGGCCGAACUCAGUCUGCUGAUGGAAGGUCCAGGCUCUUCAGCCCAAUCAAAGAAAACAAGGGGGCUAAAACGCAGUCUGAGGAGAGUAUCAUGGCCAUAUUCGAUGCUGACGGACAGCCCAUUGAACUCAGUGCUCAGCAGUCCUCUGUUGGUGCUGGGGCUCGGAAAGAGAUUCCUGGGAGGAAGGAGAACGGGGUUUCUGAGUAUGCAGCACUGUCGCCUCAUGAUAGGCCCAUUCAUCAUAAGGUAGGCAGCAAAGGCUGCAAUAGCAGGGAGGGAAGCCCAGAGAGGCUGCAAACGCACGUAACGCCACUGAGGAAAUUGAUAAAGCCGCCUUCCAAUCGAUCCAACAAAGGCCACUCUGUCCCUCCCAUGAACAAUGCUUCCACCAGCCCCAAGGCCAUCAGUUCAAAGAUCCCCAGCAGCCGGGGGAAAGGAUCUCCACUGAAGGUUUCUAAGGGCUCCACCACAGAAACAAGCAACAGUGGACCAACCUCUGGAUUUACAGCUCAGGAGUCAAAGUCCCCUUCUUCUCCUCCGGUCAAGAUGUCCAGGUUCAUCAAAGCUCCAGGCUGCACUACAAGCCCCAAGGCAGUGAACAACAAGCUUCUUGGCAGGAAUGACUGGACAAAGGGCUCCUCAUCUAGUGUUCCAACCGGCACCCCACACCUCCCAAGAAGGCAUUUGGACCACGUGGACUACAGGGAACAGCCUACCAGAGACAGACAAUGUGAAGCCAGCAGCAAAACCGAACUCAGGUCCCCGUCUCCUCCCCCGCCCCCUGGCCGCACCACCUCCUUACUUGUAAGACCAAACUAUGAUGGGUCACCACAAGCACUUAAACCAGUGGCUCAACCAUCCAUGCCUACAACUGUGAGGGGGCCACCCCCGAGUUACCACCCCCCGCCUGUACCAAAUAUGCAACAUUCAUUAACAUCACCACCACCCUACAAGGGCCAAGAUACCAUAGACCUCGACGCAGGCUACGGUACCGCAAUCGCACCUCAGAAACUGUUGGACAAAUCGAGCCAGCAGCACCCUGCUUCAAAUAAGACCCCCUCUAAAGGCACUUCGAAAUGGGUCCCCACAAAACUCUACCUCCCCUCCUCAGCCUCAGGGCAUGUGCAUGAAAAUGCACCUAAAAGCUCAAAGAAUGUCCCUCCUCCCUCAUACAACUCUCAAAGUGGCUCUUCGCUUCAAAGCACAUUUACAAGUCAGAAAGGUACCAAUGACAAUAGGCAUCCUAUGUUGCAUAAGACCUCUAGUAGUUUUCCUGUAACUCUACAGGGCCACCCUCAGUGUCCAACAGAACCUCACAGUAGUAUGAGUCAACCUCCUGAGGCAAAUCUACCCGUCUCUGGAAAUAGCCCUAAAAAUUUCACUGAAAAAGCGUUAAAGACACGCAUUCCUAUGGGCUUCAAAGCGUUUGUAAAAUCGCCCCCCCCACUGCAGAAAGGCUCCACCACAAUACCAGGGAAGCAAGAGAAGGAACACAUCAACUUGUUCUCCAAAGAGACAGUGACUUCAAAUGGUUUCGCAUGUGACAGUUUUCAGGCAGUGUAUGUUGAUUCAUUAGCCAUGACUUCCAUCACGGAGACUAAGGGUGAGGUCCAGUGCAUAAUUCUGGAAGAGGAGGGACACACCUCUGAGUUGGCAGAGCAGGGGGUUGGUGACAAGUCGGAAUGUGACCGUAGACUGUUCAAGAGGUCCAUAUCUGUCACGACCAAACCUCACCUAAAGCCUGUCCUGGGGAUGAACGGGGCGAAAGCUCGCAGCCAGAGUUUCAGCACCCACUACAUGGAAAAACCCAACAUCAGCGUGUUGGACGGACAUGUGAAGAUUCGAACGCAGAUCAUCACCAACUCUGGAGAGAGGGGGAACUCGUUAACAAGGCAGAGCUCAUUUGUUGAGGGCAUACAGAUUGAACCCAGUAGCGGAUCUGGGGACAGUCCGGUCCGUUGCCCCAGCCACAGGCUGAGCCACUACGGAGGUAUGACAGGCUCUAACAGCCACCAGGGUCUUCCGGAGAGAGCCUCCAUAUCGAGCUCCACUGGUGAAAGGACACAGAGCACUGCAAAGGAGGAGAGCGUCAUGGCUCCACAUCAGAAAGAAGUGCAUAGCUUGCCCCUCGCCGACCGGAUCGGCUUGAAGAACUCCCAAAAUCCCAAGAAGGUCGCAUCUCAUCCUCAGUUUGAGUCGCCGGCCUCUCCUGUCUAUAGCCCGGAGGCUACAACAAAGGCUGGGAAAGUGCUCAGCCUCGGCAAACUAGACCUCGCCAAGAGCGUCAAAGUCCAGGCAGGCUGUUCCCAAGGCGCGGUCGAUAAGGGAGAGCAACCAGUGAGCCCCACAGUCUGCACCAUCGAGGAGAAGGUCAUGAUGGGGAUUGAGGAGAAUAUCCAGAAAGGUCAAGGUCAAGAGAAGGUAAUAGCAUCGGAAACCAAGCAGAAGACCAGCCCGUCUUUGGCCAACUGGUUCGGCCUGCGUAAAAGCAAGCUGCCAGCCUUGAAUGGAAAGAAAUCAGACGCCACCUCCCCGAAAGAGAAAGCUGAGAAAAAAGAGCUGAAGAUUGGAUCUGUGCUAGGAGGCAAACAGAUGAAAUCGGACAAAAAGAAGGACAAGAAGAAAAACGACAGCCAGUUCGAAAAGAGUCCAGAGCUGACGCUGUCUGAGAACAAGCUGAGCUCAAUCAUGGAUCAUUGCAAUAUUCAUAUGGGACAAAUAGCCAAUCAGAUCCAGUGUUCUACAACCUACAUUGGGAAAGACCAGUUCAUGAAAGAGCUUCUUGCCAGGAGUGGGAGGAAGGGCGACUCCAUCGCUGAAUCUCUCCCUGGCAUCUCCAUCCCCAAGACAAACAGCGAUAUGAGGGAGAUAUGGAGAUCUGCUCCGAUACAGCUUAUCCACUUCCUCCAUGCUCUCAUGCUGACCAUCAUUGUGACGCAGAAGAUCAGCUUGCAAGGAGAGAAUGAGGAGGACCCCACUCCUGAGACUUCAUGUCAGGACCACAUGAUAGACUCCAGCAGCCAGAUGAGAACCCUGGACAGCGGGAUUGGCACCUUCCCCCUCCCUGACUCCGUCACCCGGGUCAACGGGCGCCACAUUCCCAGAUCUGAGUCCAGCCCCGACCGGAUGAUGGCAAGCGUUCAAAGUCCCACUGAUCCUGACCAGGACCUCGUCUCGGCCUCUGCUGCUCAUUCCCCAUCCCAUGUGAAAGUGCCUUCCCUGUCUGAGACCCACCCGCAUGCACCACCCACCAGUGCCCUGGGCCACUCCCUGUCUGACCCUUCAGUUACUGGAAGAGGUUGUGGACAGGAAGCCUUGAGCUGCCUCCCCAGACCAUCCACCUCAGAUGUGAUCAGAAGGAAGCGACUGAGUCAGAUAGACUUAUGCAGCACCAGCCACACAGUCACCACAGAGGCCCACGAGGAACAAGUGGACAAGAAGAGGAACACCAAGGACCUCAACUCAUCCAGUGACAGAGCCGCGAGAGUGUGCACAUACUCAGGCAGCAGCAGUGACACCGAGACAGAGUCUGAAGGGAACACGCUAGGCUCCACCCAAAGCACUCUUACCAACAGAGCAAAGACGAGCAACCAAGUUGACUAUGAAGAGAAGACAAUGAAGAGGAGCAGUGUGGGAAAGUUCCCGUCAAUCAUGGACUACUAUCAACAUGACAUGUUCUCUCACAUAGAGAAGGACGACCACAGGAGGAGUUUCUCCCAAUACAACUUGUUGCACAACCAGUCAUCGCUAGAGGGAAAAGCAGGAGACAGACUAAGCAAAGGGAAUCAAGUGGACAUGACGACAGGCGGCUGCGGAGGGGGGUCCAGGUCGGCCCCAGGGACGUGUCCUUGGAUUCCCUGAACAAGCUGAACAGCAGUGGGCUGGGGCUGUACCCGGAGACAGAGCUAAGGCCCAGUAGCGGUGACUGCUCCUGUUCCGCAGGGGAGAGAGAAGAGGACUGCUGCAGCAGGGUUGACACCGAGCCCUCGUCGUCCAGCUACUACUCCAACAAGCCCGGGGCCGAGUGUGUGGGUUCUCUCGGCGAUUCGCUCUACGACAGCUUCUCCUCAUGCACCAGUCAAGGCUCCAACGAUGUGUAGAGUAAGAAAGUGGAGGCCGGGGAUGAUUCUGUGGAGUCCUCUGCUACUCCCACCAACCGAAGCACUUAGGUCACAAGGAAGGAAGUGAUGUCAUAGGUGAUGUCAUAAGAUAAGGACGUGAACCCAGACUGUACAGUUUGCAUGACCUCUAACCUGAACAAUUAAACUAUAGGCUACAACCUUACCACCGUUCAAGGUGUGGAGAGCAAUAUUAGAAAUAGUCUUCUAGCGUAAUGUAUUUUCCCGAAGGGGGAAUGUUUUUUAUCAUUGCACUGUAAAAAAAAUACUGUACAAAGUUUAUAAGGAAUUUAAAAAGUGAAAUUCAACUUGAAGACACAACUAGAGUAAAUACCACCAAAUCAAACCAAUCAGUAAUAUCAUCAGGAGCAACUGAUGAUGCCUAGUAGUGUGAAGCAAUACCUUAAGAAUCAUCAAAUGUGCAAAAAAACUAUUACGGUUGUUGGAUGUGGAUAUAUGGUUUUCUCACUGAUCAUUAUUUCUCAAAUUUAAAGCCAUUGGCUCAAACGUGUACGAUUUCCAGACUGCUGUGGUAUCUUGAAAGUUGCAUGGUGAACUAGAAUCUGACACACAUUAGAACAAGAACAAAUAAUGUAUUUUAUUUUUGAAGUGGUGUGAUUUAUACUUUAUAUUAAGUGACCUAAAUACAUGCAUAUGCACAUUUAAUUGUACCACCAGUACUGUGGAAUCUUAAAGAAUAAUAUCCUGCAUAUUGAAUGUACUGGAGUCAGUAUUGACUUUGAGUUGUAUUACAGAUGAAAAAUACAUGAUCAAUACACAAUCAAUCAUUUCUACCAGCAAGUCAAAACUGUCAAGCUGAACUUCAACUGCUGUGUAGUGGCUUAAAGGGAUACUUUGGGAUAUUUGGCAACAAAUCCGUUUAUCUUCAUCCCCAGUCAGAUGAACUCAUGGAGGCCAUUAUUAUGCCUCUGAAUCAAGUAUGAAGGAAGUUAGAGUUAGUUGUGUGAGCCAAUGCUAACUACCGUUAGCGCAAUGGCUGGACGUCUAUGGUAUCUACUAGCAUGCUAGCAGUUACCAUAGACUUCCAGUCAUUAUGAGAACAUUUAGCAGCGUCCUUCAAACUGCUGGCAGAGACAUAAGGGUAUCCACGAAUUCAUCUGACUCUGGGGAAGUAGAAAAAAAUGCUGAAGUAUCCCGUACCAUCACCAUUGUACUUGGGUCACUCAGUAUUUAAUGUAAACAGAACUAAACUAGUGUCUGAAUGGUACUUAUGAAUCAGAAACUUCUGUUGGCUUCAAUAACACAUUUACGGAGCAAGGUCUAUGCUAGUAGCUCAGGGAAAAUGCAACGCUUAUACCUAGUUACCUUGAAUAUAAGGUUACAACUCACGGAAAAUGCUGUCAUUUUUAAUGGAAAACAGACAUUUUUUUAAAAGUAAAACCUUCAUGAACUCCAGGAUAACAUAACUGUUGAAAUUGUGUCUCUUGUAGAAUCAUAAAACACUCCUUUCUUUGUAUAUUUUGUUUGUGUGUUAAAUACUGCAAUUAAGUUAAUAUCAGAAUGGAGCAUUGCUGACUGGUAUAUGCAAUUUUAAAUUUAAAUCAUUGUGUUACGUUUGCCAAUCAUUCAACCUUGUAUAUAUGUCUUCUGAUUGAGAACAGCUCAACUUUUCUUGACCGUUUCCUCGUUUUGUGACUUCCUUAGGGUUUGUCGAUACAAAAUGUUUUAUUUUGUCGAAUAAAAGCUACAACUGCAACCCUUUAUCACUUUAUCCAAUAACACAUUUGAAACGUAAUAGGAAUAAAUAAUCAUGCCAAACGUGCGUAAUUUGAUUCUGGUGCUAAUCAAAACAGAUUGUGUACGUUUCAUUGUUUGAACAAUUUUCCAUGAAACUGUUAACAAUAUGUAAGGAGAGGUUUGCUAAGACCAUAAUGUGUAUUUUUUUCUAGCUGACGAGUAUUUAUAUCCCACUUUUUGUACAUGGAACUGUAUAGUGUUGUUUAAUUGUCCUACUUCACAUCUUCUCUGCUUGAUUGUUCCUUUGUAAGAGAACCUGUUACCAGCAGUGUUACUUUGGUAAUUACGUGUGCAAUUUUGGCUGUUACAUUAGACUUUUAAUGAUAUAUUUUAUGUAAUCAUUUCCAAUAAAAA